AUGGCGGACCUCACAGGAGACCAAACGGCCCGGUGGAAUUAUGUCGAUUAUGACUACAAAUGUUACACGCUCCGCGGUGCCGCGCUGAGUCUGCAGUUUCUGGUACUCUUGGUGCAAAGUGAGGAAGUGCGGAGCCGGGUGGAAGAGCGCGGGGGGGACGUAGGCCGCUCCGGGGGUCAGUGGAGGGGAGUAGCCGCUGCACGGGGCCGGGGGGAAGGCGUCCAGGCCCGGCCGCGACUGGAGGAAGGCCUUGGAGAAGAAGCUGGACAGGGCCGGGAGGAUGCUGCUGACAGGUGGGAUGGCGGCCGGGGCGCACGGGGAGUGCGCGUGCGGGUGCAGGUAAGGGUAGAUCUCCAGGCCGGGCAGCUGCAGGGCCGCCGCCCCGAUCCCGUACCCCCCACCGUGCGCGAAUCCGUGCAUCCCGCUGGGCUCCAGGUGCUGCUCCUUGAGCGGGUCGAAGCGGAAGUGCUGGCGCUUGAAGCGCUUCCUGCGCCUCAGGAAGCUCCCGUUCUCGAACAUGUCGGACGAGUUGGGGUCCAGCGUCCAGUAGUUGCCCUUCCCGGGGUUGCCGGGCUCCCGGGGCAUCUUCACGAAGCAGUCGUUGAGCGACAGGUUGUGCCGGAUCGAGUUCUGCCACGCCGGGAACUUCUCCCGGUAGUAGGCGAAGCGCUGGCUGAUGAAGUCGCAGAUCUCGCUGAGCGUCAGACGCUUUUUGGGGCUCUGCAGGAUGGCCAUGGUUAUCAGAGCGAUGUAGGAGUACGGGGGCUUGACGGACGCGGGGCUUUUGGUUUUCCCCGGAGGUGGGCUGCAGGCGUCCCGGUCCUCGCUCCUCGCGCUGGAAGCCUCCGCGGGGAGCUCCUGCUCGCUGUCUUUGACUCCUUCCCCCACCACGUCGAUGACGAUAUCCUCCAUGGCGGCGUCUCCCGAGCCCAAUGUCAUAGUCUAGACGUCCCAGGGUUAAGCCAGGACCACCUGGAGACAGGUGGGCGACAGCUUUUUGUCUCAAGAGCGAUGAGCGGAACUUUUUACGCGCGGCCCAUUUCCGUUCGCGGGAAAAAAGUUGCAAACCCCGGCCCGGUCCAGACCCUGGUUCCCCCCAGAAACGAUCUCACGCCGCGGACCGGGAAGUGUCGGCGCACACGCGCGCGGUUUCGGCGCAACGGCGACCCGCGAGCGACUGCGCGCGAGGCGUAA